CAAACGCCCAUUCUACGCCACCAACAAUAAAGAAAACAUAUAUAGCUGUUCCUUUGCUCAAUCCACCAUGCAUCGCCACGCUCUUUUUCCCCAAAUCUCUUUUCUGGUUCGAGCAAACGCCUGUUCUACACUGCAGUACCAAACGCGAAUAUCGAGCCGAAAAAGAGCAAGUCGAAGAAGAAAGAAUUGGAUGCUCAGUUAAGAACGAUCAUGAGUUUCCACUCAUUGUCUCUCCAGAACGGUGGGAAACAAGGUUGGCGUACGUUAAUGGGAACCGAAGAGCAAAGCGAGAACAGUAUCUUCGCGAUAAUCCAACAGUAUUGAAAAAUUUUGCGCUCAUCUGGAAGAUUACGGAUCAAGUCAAAGCUAUUCCGGUUGUGGCCGAGAAUAUGAAAGCAUGGAGCUCAGUUGUGGAAUUCAUGUGCGAGGAUUUGGAACUUCCAUAUCUUAUCAUUGAAGAAGCUAGAUAG